AUGCCACAACAGCGUUCAUCAUCUUCGUCGCCGCCGAAGCGCGAAAGAGAGAUCAUGGAGCCGCGGCCCAGUGCCAGCAUCCUGCUCCUCUCACCGACAAACCAAGUCCUCCUGCUGCACCGCGUGAAGACUUCAACAUCGUUCGCAUCGGCCCAUGUGUUCCCUGGCGGAAAUCUGGACUCAUUCCACGAUGGAGAGAUCCCGCCAAGUGAUGCCCGAGAACGGCACGAGGACGGCCACGCGUAUCGGCUGGGUGCCAUACGUGAGUGCUUUGAGGAGACGGGCAUCCUCCUUGCUACCAGAAAGGGCUCCGACGGCAAGUCCACGCUCAUUCACGUUCCAUCUGCAGACAGGGACAGGGCCCGCAAGCAGAUUCACGGCGGCAAAUUGCGGUUCAGCGAAUGGGUCGACAGCGUGGGCGGCGUCCCGGAUACUGGACGCCUCAUCCCGUUCACCAGGUGGGUGACGCCCACGAACGUGUCCAAACGCUUCACAACGCAAAUGUACAUCUACAUGCUCCCGCACUCCGCCUCGACCGGGGCCGAUGCGGCGGAGAACGAAAUCAUCGUGCCGACCCCGGACGGCGGCGUGGAGCACACGGCCGCCAAGUUUGACGACGCGUGGACGUGGCUCUACCGCGCCGAUAAAGGCGAGAUCAUCCUCUUCCCGCCGCAGUAUUAUCUCUUGUACCUGGUCUCACAGUUCUGCAAGGCCGCCGCGCCGUCGCCGGCGCCCGGUAAGGGCCACGGGGACGCGUACUUUGCGUCGCAGAGGCGGGGCCUGAUUGAGUUCCUUGAGAGGGCGCCUACGGCCGUGUCCGAGGCCGGGCGGAGGCAGCCCUCGUCGGAGAUUCCGUGGGCGGACAAGGUCAUGAGCCCGCACAACUUGUUCAUUCGCGAGGGAGACAGCCGCGUCGUGCUCGGUCUGGACAAGCCUGGUCCCGAGCUCAAGGGGUCGGGCCGCGGAGGUGAUUGGGAGAGGGUCGUGUUGGUCAAGUUUACGAGGGACGGGCCGCGCAAGGUCGAGGUGAGGGGUCGCGAGGAGGUGUUGAGAGAGGAGAAGGAGGCGAAGAGGGCGAGGGAAGCGGAGGAGGAGGGGGGUAGACAUAAGCUGUGA